UCACUCGCAAUGCAGACAGUUGCUCAGUGGUAUUACGGUGCAGUUGAUGUGAACUUGCAUUGACACGAACAUAGUUAUAAAUUGAUUUUGUAAUGUAUACUCCUUUAGAAAUAAUAGGUUUAAUUAGUCUGUGUAUUCUGGGCUUCUUGAUAGCCCGAAGAAUUAUACGAUUACUUUAUAAUAACGUGAUAGGGCGACUUAUGAGGACGAAUGUGAAUUUGAAAGAAAUGGGACGUUGGGCAGUGGUGACUGGGGCUACUGAUGGUAUUGGGAAGGCGUAUGCUGAAGCUCUGGCUAAGCUGGGGAUUGAUAUCGUCUUGAUUAGCCGAACAAAGGCAAAGCUCGAAGCUGUUGCUGCUGAAAUUGAAUCAAAACACCACGUCAGUACAAAAAUCAUUGAAACAGACUUCACUGAUGAUUCUUAUGAAGCAUACCAUACCAUAGAAAAGCAGCUCUAUGGAUUGGAAAUUGGUGUCCUGAUAAACAAUGUUGGCAUGACUUACCCUUACCCCGAGUACUUCCUGGAACUUCCAGAUCGAGGUAAAUUAUAUUCACAGAUCAUCAAGUGCAACAUCUGUUCCGUGACCAGCAUGACUGGAAUCGUUUUACCCCAGAUGGUUGAGCGAAAAAAGGGUGUGAUAGUCAAUGUUUCAUCAGUUGCGGCUAUUCUUCCAGCCCCUUUGCUGACAGUUUAUGGUGCAUCUAAGAUUUUCAUUGAAAAGUUCUCGAAGGAUCUUGCGUGUGAAUAUUCCAAACUUGGAAUUGUCAUCCAGUGUAUUGUGCCAGGAUAUAUUGCUACAAAAAUGAGCAAGAUCAAGCGUUCCACAUGGAUGGCACCAUCACCUGAUGUCUAUGUCAAGAGUGCUCUUCGCACAAUUGGAGUUCAGCAGUGUACCACUGGCUACUUCCCCCACACUCUGAUGGUUGGAGCACUAAACUUAAUGGACUGCUUUUCAUCUUCAUUUGGUGAGUGGGUAAUUGUGCGCACUAUGGAGAACAUCCGAGGCAGAGCACUGAAUGCACGUCAACAGUAAUGCAGCAUUAACAAACGUAAGUGGCCAUAUAGGAAUUGAGGUUCUCACAGUGGUGGAUAUGAAGAAUUCUGUCUUCUGGGACAUACAGCGCUGUAUAGUCAAGUGAAAGUCUGUUAUGCUGUCUGCAUUAUUCUGGUUUUGUGUUCGGCUUAUUCUUCAGCCCUGAAAGUGGAGUGCCAUGUUCCUGCACACCAUCACUUGAACACAUGCUUUCCAUCCUAGAGGACAGAACUCUUUCUAAUGUCCAAUUUCGAUCAGAUAUCAUCCAGUUCUUGUACCCUUGAACUAAUGAUGAAAAUAUCAUAUUUCUUACUUUAAUUUAAAAAUUAUAAAUUCUAUAAAUAGGCAGAGUUUAUAUUAGAAAAUCAUUCAAAAUAUUACUUUAAAACUUUCCAUAACUUUGCAGUAUUUAUUUCACGGUUAAUUUUGUUAAUAUAAUUGCAUGCCACAGUUUUCUUUUGAAGGAAUAAUUACUUUUAAGAAUGGCAAGUUAUAUGAUUGUAUAAGGUUGAUUUUCUUUUGAAAUAGAAACAAAAAAUAAAAGUCAUCCUUGUCAAAGGAAUUCUGAUUUCAACAACAAUGUAUUUUCUAUGCUGUUUCAGUAAACAUAUUUUAUUUUGUUCUAACUGCAAAAAUGUAAACAUUAGCUUGGAUCUUAUUUUAUGCAAUAAGCUACAUAAACAGAAAGACUUUAUUUUUUUGUUGUGUUAAUUCUGAUGAGGCAGAUUAAGUUUGUUACAAAGGGAAGUUAUCACUUCAAUUCAUUCUAAUGUAUUACAAAUCUUUAUUAAGAGAUUUAGUCCAUGUAUGAAAUCUGAAUAAGGCAGCUGUUCCAAUUUUAUUGAGUGUAACAGAUUUGUUGUUUGUGAAGUGUUAAUGUUGUUGCCAUACUUAGUGCUAAGUUUGUUAUGUUCUCAUGCAAACUGAAGUCAUAAAGUUAAUGUGAUAUCUUGCUUAAACCAAACCCCACUCACUCAUUUGUCUGUUAAACAUUCUUUGUUAUUUUAAAUUAUUUCAAAUAAAAUAUUUGUUUCCAUUCUGA